AGAGCUUGUGAACUGUUGGUGUAACCAGCAGAGGGAGACAGAGGAUAAUCAUUCUUGAUCUUCUCUGCAGGUUCCUCGUCCUCUUGCCAUGAAAAAAGAAGGUAUUCAGACCCGUAAGCGCAAACCUAAAAAUAUCAACAAGUCCAACUCUGGACCGUCCGGCUGUGAUGUUCAGACACCCGGCGCUGUGAGCUCCAGUCCCACAGAAGAACCGAGACCCAUCAAGACCGAACCAGACUCACUAUCUCUCUACACACAUCACACUAUACACACACAGGUGUCUGCAGUGCCUGCAUAUCUGGGAAGCCAAAGUUCUGCUCUGAAACUCUCUUCGAACGGAUCAUCCGCCUCCAAGAGUGAAGCGUGGAACAGUCUGAUUCUGAGCUAACCUCAAACACAAACCCCUCUGUAAGACCAUCUGGUGAUCACCCGGCGUUAGAAACACAAACACACAGCAGUGUCUGAAUUCAGAAGGACAUCCAGGAUUUGGAUUCACGUGUGAUUCAGAGAACAGCAGCGGAUCGUAAGAACGUCAUAUAACAUGAAGACGUAAUUCAAAUGUUCCAUCGGUGGAGAGGAUCAUUUCAAGCUGAACGUGAGCUUUCUUCAUCUUUAAUCAAAGUGAUUUUCAAAUCAUUUCAAUGACACUCAUUUGCCACGAUCACCUAGAGGGCAUCUAAACUUUUAAAGGUGUCCAGCGGGACUGUGGAUUUAUUUCCGUGGUUUGUUUUCUGGUAAAAUACACAAGUAAUAUUGGGUGUUUCCGCCAUGCUUCACAGUCAGAUUAUUUCUGUACAUAUGACAAUCUGGGGGUGACAACAUGGAUUCUAAUCAGUCUGUCAGACAUAGAGGAAACUAGCAAGCACCUAGCUAUGCCCUAGCAACCCUGCAGUACGCUAUAGCAACAAACCAGCAUUCACCAAAGCAACCACCUGAAUCCACUGACAUUGUGAUGUGUUCAGCACAAACUCCGUCUUUCAGUCCCGUUUGGUGCUACAGAAGUGUGGUGUGUGUCGAGUCUUUACAAACAUCAUCCACAUGAAGAUGAAUCACUCCUGCUGGACACCACUCCAUCCUCACAGCCUCUAUCGUUCGUCAUGUUUAUCAUCAUCAUGAUCUCGCUCAUCAGAUAGUUUCAAAAUAAAGCCAUUUGAUAGAUUCAGUUCCCAAUUCAUCUCUGUUUGAAAUCCAACCUGUAACUUUUCAUUAGCAGCAAAGACACUGUAUUGAUAGAUAAGUACUGACAGUAACUUCCCUAGAACAUUUUGAUUCAACUUUGAUAAGUUCUGUUUAAUACUUCUGUUCAAACUCCUGAUAUCACAGCUGAAUUUCUGUAAUUGCAAUUUUACUUGUUGUGUUUAUGAUAAUGAAGUCAACAGGGCUGAAGUUUUCCUUUCUGAACAGAUGACCUGACAUUUCUUUUCUAAGCCGAUUCCCCUUAUAAACCUUUGAAAGCUUUUCUCACUCACCUGUAAAGAAAACUCUACUUAUAAUUCUUUGCUUGUGUCAUUGUGUAGUAAUGUUAUGUAUUGAAGUGUGUGUAAAACAAUUCACUCCAUGUUUAACUAUUGUGCUACUCAACAUAUUUGUACAUUCGAUGAAAGGCUUUGACUCUUGUUUUCAUUCAGAGAGAGCAGUGAAGCUUUCCAUGUAUUCUACCUUAAAGUUCUGACGAACAGAAUUAACCUUUAAAACAUUAAAACGUUGGCUAACUAAAUCAUUUUCUGUCCAUCCAUAAACUGUU